CUGCGCGCCAUCUGGGCGAACAAGCUCCGUUCCUCGCUGACCACCCUCGGCAAUGUCGUCGCCGUCGGCUCGAUCAUCGCGGUCGUGUCGCUGAUCCAGGGCGUGAACGCCGAGGUCUCAGGCGCGAUCGUCUCCGAGUUCGGCUCCGACUCCUUUGUCGUCGACCGCGAGGGACUGUUGAUGACGGAGGCGGACAUCGAAGCAGCCCGGAACAAUCCUCGCAUUUCGCUUGAUGACGCCGAUGCAAUCCGUCGAUUCAGCACCAGCCUCGGUGCGAUCAUGGCCGAGGCAACGCGAAGCGGGGAGGUACGCUAUCGGGAUCGGUUGCUGGAGAGAGUCAAUAUCCGAGGUGUCACCCGAGACUAUAUUGACUUCCCGCUCUUCACGGCCGAUCGAGGCCGACUCAUCAGUCCCACCGAGGUCGACAGCAACAGGGGCGUCGCGGUGCUCGGAUUCGAUACCGCCAACCGCCUGUUCGACACCCUGGAUCCUGUGGAUCGGACGAUCAAGAUCCAGGGCGUGAACUUCCGGGUCGUCGGCGCCAGUGAGCCGACGCCGUCAACAUUGGGACAAUCACAGGACGAGUAUGUGGUGAUUCCGAUGGGCCGAUUCCGCAAACUGUUCGGAUCGCGGCCCUCGCUGACGUUGAUGGCGCGACCGCAAUCCCCCGAACAGCUUGACCAUGCCAUCAAUGAAGCGACCGUCGCGUUACGUAUCGAGCGCCGGCUGCGGCCGCGGGAGGACAACGAUUUCGGCGUGUUCACCUCGGGUACGGUGCUGGGACUCUACGAGCAGGCCACGGCCGGCAUCUUUGCCGUGCUCGUCGGCAUCGUCGGAUUGUCACUGGUGGUCGGCGGCAUCGUCAUCAUGAACAUCAUGCUGAUGGUGGUCUCCGAACGCACGCGAGAGAUCGGCCUGCGCAAGGCCCUUGGCGCUCGCCGUCGCGACCUGUUAUGGCAGAUCCUCGCCGAGUCGAUCAUCUUGUCUGUGCUCGGCGGCGCGAUCGGCACGGGACUCGGGUUCAGUGUGGCUAUUGGUCUGAGCUCCAUGACACCGGUGCCGGCGGCGGUGCAUCCAUGGUCGGUCCUGCUGGGAAUCACGAUGACAGCCGCGGUCGGACUGUUCUUCGGGCUCUACCCCGCGGCACGCGCGGCCUCACUUGACCCGAUCUCGGCCCUGGGUCGCAGUUGA